CGGCUCCGCGGGGCCGCUACGGGCCGGCCGGGAGGCGCGGGCGCCGCGACGCCCCUUCGCGGGCUCCGCCGCCGCGGCUACUGCUCCUUGGUGCUCCUUUGCUUCCCCCACAGCCUCUUUUUGCUUAUGAACUUGUGAAAUAAAGGCCGCGUGAAGCGGCGCCGAUGUAGCUGCGGGCGGAGGAUGCGCCGGCCCGGCCCUGCUCGGCACGGGCGGGGGUCGCGGCACGGAGCGCGGCCCCUCCGGCAAUGACACGGGAGCGGCUUCACCCGCGGCUGCGGUAGCGAGAACUGGCAAGGGACUGCGGAUCAGGCUGUCAUGGAGGGAACCCGGCAAACCAGGAUCUGUCGUCCACACAAGAUAAGUGAAUCCUCAAAGGUGUACAGGUGGGAUGACCACUCCAGUUUAGUUCUUCAGAGCCUGAACGAGCAGAGGCACCGAGGCCUCUUCUGUGACAUUGUCCUGGUGGUGGAUGAACAGAGAGUCCCUGCCCAUCGGAACCUCCUCGCUGUCUGCAGUGACUACUUCAACUCCAUGUUCACCAUCGGCAUGCGAGAAGCCCACCAAAAAGAGGUUGAACUUUUUGGAGCUUCUUACAUUGGUCUCAAGGCUGUGGUGGAUUUUCUUUAUGGCAGCGAGCUGUCUUUGGAUGGGGGCAAUAUCGACUACGUGCUGGAGACAGCUCACCUGCUGCAGAUCUGGAAGGUGGUCGACUUCUGCUGCGAGUACCUGGAGAACGAAGUCAGCGAGGAGAACUAUUUGUACCUGCAGGAGCUCGCCUCUAUCUACAACCUGAAGCGCCUCGACUCCUACAUCGACUCGUUCAUCUUGCAGAACUUUGGCACGCUGUCCUUCACCCCAGACUUCCUGCAGAACAUCUCUUUGCAGAAGUUGUGCCAAUACCUGGACAGCAGCACCGUGCAGCAGGAGUGUGAGCAUGACUUGCUGCAGGCUGCCUUGCAGUGGCUUACCCAGUACCCGGAAAGGGAGAACGAGGCUUACCAGGUUCUGGAUAACAUCCAUUUUCCCUUGAUACCUAAAAGUGACCUCCUCCAUCGAGUCAAGCCUGCUGUGUGCUCUCUGCUUCCCAAAGAGGCAAACUGUGAGGGCUUUAUAGAGGAGGCGGUGAACUACCACAACAACGUCAUGGCUCAGCCGGUGCUGCAGAACAAGCGGACGGCCCUGCGCAGCCAUGAGGAGCGGCUCCUCUUUGUGGGAGGGGAGGUGUCCGAGCGCUGCCUGGAGCUGAGCGAUGACACCUGCUUCUUGGACACCAGGAAAGGGCAGUGGGUGGCAGAAACCCCGCUCCCAGCUAGGCGAAGUCACCACUGUGUUGCAGUCUUGGGAGGCUUCAUCUUCAUAGCCGGAGGGAGCUUCUCAAGAGACAAUGGAGGGGAUGCAGCUUCAAAUCUCCUAUAUAGGUAUGAUCCCCGCUGUAACCAGUGGAUAAAGGCUGCCUCCAUGAGACAACGCCGUGUAGAUUUCUACCUGGGAGCUAUUACUGACAUGCUGGUGGCUGUUGGUGGCAGGAAUGAAAAUGGGGCACUUUCUUCAGUUGAGACCUACAGUCCUCAGAAGGAUUCCUGGUCCUAUAUAGCAGGCUUGCCCAGGUUUACCUACGGUCACGCUGGAACAGUCUACAAGGAAUUUGUGUACAUUUCAGGAGGCCACGAUUACCAGAUUGGGCCCUACAGAAAAAACCUGCUCUGCUAUGAUCACCGCACGGACGUGUGGGAGGAGAAGAGGCCGAUGCUGACAGCCAGAGGCUGGCACAGCAUGUGCACCCUGCAGGAAAACAUCUAUUCCAUCGGGGGCAGCGAUGACAACAUAGAAACCAUGGCUCGUUUUGACAUCCUGAGUGUGGAGUCCUACAGCCCCCAGUGUAACCAGUGGACCAGAGUUGCUCCUCUGUUGCAAGCAAACAGCGAGUCAGGGGUGGCAGUUUGGGAAGGAAAGAUUUAUAUCCUCGGAGGCUACAGCUGGGAAGAAACAGUCUUCUCCAAAACAGUCCAGGUUUAUGAUAAGGAGAAAAACAAGUGGUACAAAGGAACUGACUUACCCAAAGCAAUUGCUGGUGUGUCUGCCUGUGUCUGUGCAUUGAAACCCAAAACAGAGGACAAAAAGAAAAAGACCAGAACAAAGAAACAUCAAGAUCGAGGAAGAUGACAACUUCUGGACAGCCACCUGCUGCUGGUGGACUCCCAAAGGACCUCCAAUUUAAUCAUUUUUGUCUAACCUUGAUUAUUUCUUUUCAUUUUUAAAUAUGGGGUGGAGAGGGAAAGCAUCUUCUGAAGCCUCAGAAAACAUCCAGGUGAAUGUGGGUUCUGGAUUAAGCUCAUGCUUAAGGUAAAAGCAGCCUAAAAACUCUCCCACUAUACAAGGAGAGAUAUGGCAAGAGAUAUGGCUGCUCUCCUGAAUGUUAAGGCUUAGUCUUUUGCUUCUGUGGUUCAUGGCAUUUCCACAUACAUCAUAUUAUAUCCAUGUUUUUAAAAUAAGGGCAGAUCUGCAGCUGAAACAAUAAUGUCACAGGGGAGAAGGCAGAGCAGGGUCUGGUUGGAAGUUCCAAAGCAGUUCAGAGGAGCUCUGAAGCAACUGCUGAGAAAAAGUGAAACAGAUCUUUGAUGCUGUAAAUGUUGAAUGUUUGUAACGUUACAUUUCCCUCACAAUACAGUCUUGAGUUGUCAGGAUCAGAUUUGUGGAACACAGGAGUAUUCAAAGAGAAUGUUGCUCUUGGUGAAUGCAGGUCAGAGCAGCUUGAAGAGCAAAUCACUCCACUGUACUCUUCAGAUUAAGGUGACCUUACUGUGUGGCUAAAGAGUAGAUGGGAUUGACUCGGGCUCAGACUGACAGGAUUCUGAAUUUUGCAGUCUGGGAAAGGUGAGAUGACUUUUGCAUCCCUUGUGGUACUUAUAUCUAAACACAAGAGCAAAUUUUUCUUGAGCUUUAUAAUGCCCCAGGAUGAGCUAAAAGAAGAACCUGAAAGGUUUGAGGAUUUGGGUUUUCCUUGGCCUUCAAAGCAGAUGGAAACAACAGAGCUCCUUGUGAGUUUUGGGUUUGCUGAGUAGGGUAACAAUGAGGAGAAAUAGCAGGAAGAUCCCUCGGGUGAACUUGAAACAAGAAGACAUCCCUCCCCAGCCCUACCAGGCUGUAGAAGCUGGGAUCCAUUUCAUUUAAUUCGAAGCUCACCCUGAUCAGUGUGAGCAAGAGCCCAUACUGGACUUAUGUGCUGUCAGAAACCUUAUUAUCCCAGGAUGAUGAGUAGGGGUCAGGUAAUCCUGAAGAACAGCAACUUAGUUUUUUACCUGAGCUAAUAGCUCUCACUUUCCUCUUUUUUUUUUUUUCCAAGUUGAAAGUACCUUUUCAUGAGAGUAGCCUGUUCUGGUGGGCUCGGUGGGGACUCGGCAGCCAAACACCUUCCCCAGCAAGACAGGUUCAAAAGCAAGAAACCCAAAAUAUACUCAGGACACUGUUUGGAGUCCAGACAGCUGGACCAAACUGAAAAUGGUGUUAGAUCCUCUGUAACUCUAUCCUCUGCAUACCAAGUAAAGAGCUUUCCGACCCAAGUGUCAGGCCGCCCUCUCCAAACACAGCUGAUUGAGUUGCAGAUACUGAAAUUCCCUGCCUGUCUGGCCAGCUGUCAGCAUUCACCCCGGGGCCCUUCACAAACCCACCUCUGAUCUGCCACAAGUCCAGCACCAGCAUUGUGCCAGGAGCCCUUCAGAGGCCGUGAGGAAGCCAGGCUGCAGGGCGACGUUCCUCCUUCCCACACAAAGACAUUUGUAGCGAGUUUUUAAAAACAACUUUUAUACUUUUUUUACAAUGCAUUUUGCUAACUCAGUCUCAUGUUUGCCAGGCAGGACUUUCUUUCCUUGAGAAGCCACUGCUGUGUCAUCCUGAGCCCACAGCUGCUGUGGUGGGGCUGGGGGAUGGGUGGCAUUUCCCGCAGUGUCCAGCCGCCGCUGCAGUGGUGCCUGUGGCCUGGCCUCUCUCCCCAUGGGCCAGCUGCGCAGCUACACCACUGACCACACUUCCCUUCCAGCUUUUGGUGAUCUGGGUGGAUUUCAAGGGCUUUGGCUUAAAGUUCUGUGCUGGGGAGCUGUUGAUUGUUGCUGUUGUGUCUUCCUCAGUCCUCCUUGCACAUCUCCUUGUGCACUGGAAUCCUGUAUUUCACAUUUAACUUUUUUCCAUCCGGUGCACAGACAGUUGAUAUCUUUCUUUCUCCUUUCCUUUCCUUUCCUUUCCUUUCCUUUCCUUUCCUUUCCUUUCCUUUCCUUUCCUUUCCUUUCCUUUCCUUUCCUUUCCUUUCCUCUCCUCUCUCUUUUCCCAAACUCUUUACCUCAAUAAUUGGAAAACACUAAGAAAACAUUUUUUGCACUUAAUUUCAGCUGAAGCUCUUGUAACUGAAAGAACUCUGAGGUAUACAUCACAAAGACAUAUUUCAUAUUGAAAGACACCUGAAUAAAUCUCUGGUGCAAGGAAGUGACAGGUUUCUCUUUCAGUGCUAAGAAAGGAUUUAAGAAAACCAGUUGAAAUUAAUUUAGUGAAACUCUCUGAGGGGGUUUUGUUGUUGUUGUUGAUUAAAACAAUAAGCCUCAGGAGUUAGUCUGUCAUUUGCAUUUCUGGAUUUAUUUCAAAGCCUUUGGACACUGCAUGAGGUGAUAGCUAUUCUUUUUUGAUCCUAAAAAUAAACCUAAAGCCAACCAAACCAAACCUUUUGGUUAUUACAGACUCAUUAAUCAGUUGCUUGGGGUUUUUUUUAAUAUAUAUUUGAUAUCCUUGUCAUGUUGACUGACAACUGCUUAAUUUUUGGGACAUUUUCACAUGUAAGUAUAGAACUUGCUUUGUUUCUGUUACUGGGUUGCUUGUUACUAUAGCCCCCCGUUUACUGUGCUUACAUAUUACAUUAAUGUCUGGAAACAAUAAAUCCAGCUUAGGAUAUUGUA